UUAUUUCGGACGGAUAACGAUGCUUUUUUAUGUGUCGAAUUUGACGUAAAACAACUUCAAUUUGAUCCAGCUUCGUUGUUUCAUUACGAAGAGUUUCAGUUUUAUUGGAAUUUCAUUCUAUGAGUGACAUAAGUAACAGUUGCAAUUUUUCACCCGAGCUCUUGAUUCAAGUGCGUGUAUUCAGAGUUUGUUUCUGAGACGGCGAUUGUAGUCAAUCUGUAUGCAACUGUUACGCGUUACCUCGACUAUGUCUUACCAAGGAUCACCAUAUUCGGGCCCGGGUGACGACUAUGAUUUCGAAGACGACGGGUACGACGAUUUAGAUGAAUACAGGGAUCAAGAGGACCCGUUACCACCACCUCCAGUCGACGACAGCGAUGAAGAUACAGAAGAAGCAAGUGAGACAGAUAUACCUAAUAAUGAUGAACCAGUGGAGAUCAAGGAACAAAUGUAUCAAGAUAAGUUAGUAAAUCUAAAAAAGCAACUACAGCAGUUAGAAGAUGGAGUACAUCCAGAGUUCCUGAGGAGGGUCAAAAGGCUGGAGCAUCAACUACAUGAGAGAUUAAGACUUAACAAGAUAUAUAAAGAUCACAUGCAUGAUGUUGUAGAGAGAGAAUAUAUAUCAGAGAAGAAAGCAGCGGCUAAAGAAUUUGAAGAGAAGCCGCACCACAACAACCAGCCCCGGAAACACCACAAUUCUACCAGUUCGACGUGUGCGGGCGAGUCGCCGGUGCGCGAGGGGGAUGCUGGUGGUGGAGGUGGCGGUGGUGCGGGGGCGGAGGCGCGCGUGGAGGACGGCAAGCUGUGGUACGAGCGGCGCUGGUUCCACCGCGGACAGAGCGUGUACGUGGAGGCACGGGGCCGGGAGAUAGGGCGCUUCGCCGGACAUAUACACGCCAUCACUGAUGAAGCGAUAUGGGUGAAGAAAACGAAUCUGGAGCGCGUGAGGAUAUACGUGUCUCAGUUAGCGCGGGGCAAAGUGACGUUAAAGAGACGGGCCUCGUAACUCAGUGCUACACUGUGUAACUCAUCUGUAUAUAGUUAUCGUAACUCAGUGUUACACUGUGCAACAUAUUUGUACAUAAUUUGUAACGUUACACUGUGAAACAUGAAAAAUUGGUGUGGAGCAUGAAAAAUUUCGUACCUCUUGACGAACCAGUGGUGAGAAACAUUUUUAUCUAAGUAGUUUGAACUAUAAGCAAUUUCCGGAAUAAGUAUGCUUUGUUAAUAACCACAAACCUUUAGAUAUCUUAGAACAUGUGUAUGAGUGAAAUACAAGAUAAAAAAUUAAAAAUCAACGUAUAAUUGCUUAAAUUAUUAAUUACAGGAAGAUUUAUUUAUAUUGUAUUUCAUUACAUAACUCAACAAGUCAAAAAAGUCAUGUGUACAAGAAAAAAAUGCUUCUAAACAAAAGGUUUACAAUUCCUCAAAGAGUAAGCGAGACGCUAAAUAUUUACAUAGGAGUGAUAGAGAUGGAUAAUAACGUAAAUGUACGAAAUUGUUCAUGUUCCGGAAUAUAGUUAGUUUUACACCAAUUUCUGUAUAUAGUUUACUUGUUUGUGUUGAAAUGGGAUAUAACUGAAUGGUUGUGCCAAGGAUACAUUGAAAGCGUAAUCCAACUAUACAAUUACAUGUUACCGAUCAAUCGUGAAUACCGUCUGUUUGAAAUUUGACUAGAUUUUUUUUUUUUUUUCAUAUGGAUAUUUAUAUUAUUUUCAUCUUAAUUACCUGAAGUUUCAAAUUUGAUAUAGGGGUUAUUGGCAUCUAUAAUCGAUUUAAUUUGAGCACUAGGCUGUCUCCAUGUCACGUUUGAUAGUAAAAAGAUUGAAAACAAAAAGGAGCCUUUAACGAAAAUGUUGCUAGCUUUAAAGUUAUGGAUUUUUCGCACAAUUUGGAAGGACAAUGUGUAAAACUAUCAUUUUUUUACUACAUUUCUCAUUAGUAAAUACAGUAAAGUGUACAUUCAUGUAUUUUUUAAUUCGAUUCAUAAACUCAGCCUUUUAAGGAUUAAUUGUUGGUCCUUAGUUGUCAUUUCUAUUACGCCAAAGUGUCAACAAUGGAUUAUGAAUGAAGUUUUACAAAUUGACGAAUUUUGACCGUCACUUUAUGAAUUCGUUGAUAUCGCUAUUUACUGAAUACAAUUAAAGGUAAAUUCAAAAUUGAUGGUUUUGACGAUUGGUUGUCUUUUUACAUGUUCAAGAUUUCUACCUUUUGGUUUAUUAAAAAUGCAUUGCAUAUAUUUAUUACAAUGGAUUCCUUUAUAUAUGUUUAUUGUUUUGUGUAAAUUAUGUUUGUAUAUUUUUGCAAACAAUAUCUAGGCAAAGAUUUUCUAUAUUAGUUAUGGCUAAAUCUAAACAAUUAUUUCAUCAAAAAUGUGAAUACACUUAAUAAAUAUCAAUAAUUUAAAAUCAAAACAGUAUGCUUAGAUUGUUUUAUGACCGACUUCCCAAAAGAAGGAUUCGAUUCAUCUGUUUUUUUUUUAUUUUUUUUUUGUUUAUUAUGAGUCAGAUUUUUUACUACAAUAUAGUAAAUUAUUUGAUUAUACAAACAGUAUUCAAAUUUGUAAAUACUUUGUGAUGCUAUAAAUGUGUAGUUUUCAAUAUCACUUGGUAAAAUAUACCCUUUUUCUGUGAUAAACAUUUGUACAUAUUAAGAUAAUUUCACUGAGCAAGUUCCUGUAGUGAGAUUAACGUUUCUUGAUACUUGCGUUAUUUUUUAUAAGCCGACCAGAUUUAUAAUUUUCAUAUUUCACGGAUGUAUUUAUUUAUUUCUAUAUCAAAAGCCAGUGACAAAAUUAUACCUGUCAUAUAAUAGGCCUAUUUUGAAAACUAUGAAAAUCAAAUAAAAUAAAACAAAAUUUUUAAUUCAUUCAUUAUGAUGUAGGAAUAACUAUCAUAGUUUAUACUUACUAGCUGUUGCCCGCGACUUCGUCCACGCAAUAUUAAGAUAAAAAAAAGUAGUGUAUCCAUUUAUGACA